AUGAACAAUUCAAGCUAUUGCCCAGUGGGAGAUACACACGUGAACAUCGCCAAUAGUCAGAAGGUGACCAUUGCACUGACCGUGAUGUGCAGUGUUCUGGCCGCUUACGUCUGUGUUACAAACAUUGCCGUUAUUCUUGCCCUGUGUCGUCGUAGUGCGCAGUCGCAGAGGGAUGGCCAUCGCACUUCCGGCGGAAGUAACAGCCCGCCAUGUCAUGUGCUUAUAGUCUCUCUGUCCGUCGCCGAUGCCGUUACUGGGUUCACCAACAUUCCUCUUGGGGCAUACGUCAUAGGCAACAGCGGAAGAUGGGCACUGGGCAAGGAGCUCUGCUUUAUCUGGAUUUGGCUGGACAAGGUUUUAUGCACAGUCUGCAUCUACCACGUGGCUUUAAUGGCUCUGGACCGAUGCAUUGCCAUCUGUAGACCUCUUUUUUUGUACCGCCUGAUGUCGAAGAAAACUACACUGACCCUCAUCGCCCUGUCUUGGCUUUUCCCCACUAUUAUCAGCACUAUCCUGAUUUCAGGGGCCUGGCAUCAUAGCGACAUCGACUGGCUGCUCAACUGCGCAGAACUGGCCGGUAUCUGCACACCAAUUUACAACCGGACUGACCUGAUUGCUAUGUCGAUUUUAGAUUUUUUCUUACCUUUUCUGUUUAUUUUAGUGUUAUACUUUCUAGUGGUAUUCAAGAUUUAUCGACUAGACACAAACCCAAUGCUUCAAGGUAGGCCUAAAAGGACUAAAAAAGAGGAAGUCAAUCCAAAAUCGCAUUCAGGGAGUGAUUUAGUACUUCGAAAAUGGUCACCGAGCGAAGAGAAUACAGACGAAGGCUUUGAUGCUAAAGUCUCAACCUCAGAACGAAUUCUACAGCCUGUUUGUGUUGUGCACACAAAGGAAUCACUUUAUGUGAUCGAAGGAACUUUAAAAUGUCUGCACCCUGAUUCGCGAAGCAACACAGCUUUAUUUGACCAUAGCAAACAAAGACUUGUUCUUGCAGGUGAAGAUCAUGGCCCUGGCGUGAAUGAUACGCAUACAAUUAUUUGCGAUUUUAAAGAUUUAAAGUGCGAGCGUGAUAAAGCGGUUGGAACUGGAGGCAGCGAAUCUUUAAAUACAGAUUCAGUCAGCAAAAUAAGAAAAUGUUUCAAAAAUACAAAAUAUGCCACGCACUGCUCAGAUGCUAGUGAUGUCACGGCAUUAUCAGUCACGAAUUCGGAUCAAUCCAUUUUUAAAUUAUCUUCAUCUAAUUUUAUCAGCAACUUAACUAGCGGUGCCGUUAAUGACAGGAGUGCGCUCAAAGUAUUUCAAAAUCGUCACAAGUACGUCAUUCCCGCUGAAAACGCUAACCGGAAGUCACGUGACAAGCCGGAAGCAUCCCCGACGAGAAUGAGAAGCAACCAGCAAAAUAAAACAAGCAAGGCGUUCACUACUAUCGGAUGUGUCGUUGUCUGUUUUACCGUCUGCUGGCUUCCAUUCAGCGUGUACAAUUUUGCACUUGUCUACAGUGGCUACAAGAUGGCUACUUGGCCGUUUCUGUUGUUCUGGUGGAUGGGCUACCUGAACUCGGCCAUCAACCCCAUUUUAUAUUGCUUUACUAGAUCUGUAAGGCAUGCAAUUGUCGCUCUAUUGAAACCGUCCAAACAAAGGAAGUUUUAG